AUGCUGGAACAAGCAGUUCGUGACCGCUCUGGCCUCAAAUACCAUAAUAUCACGACUGCGCGUGUUAUCAAGGAGCUGGUCCCCAGUAACAAAUACGGCGAGCUUUUAAAGAAUAAGAUGAUUAAUUACGCCAUCAACCUUGGGCCACCCCUAUUUUCCGAAGACCAGGUUAUUACCCGGCUAGCUACUUCUCUCCCACCACUCCAGCGGACCAUCAAUCCAUCUAACUACUCGCCUCUGUGCUACAACCCCGUCGCCAUCAGUAUCAAGACCAAGUCUCCCGACGGCAGUAAGGAGAACAGUAAGGUGCAGUUGUCCGUCUAG